AUGAUUCCUUCAGAACUGUUCAAGUUGAAUAAUUUGAGGUAUUUGAAUUUGUCUAAUGGUGGAUUUGAGGGACAGAUUCCACCUGAGAUUUCUCACCUCAGAAGGUUAGUUACUCUUGACUUGUCUUACAAUAACUUUACAGGUCCACUCCCUUCCUUCAGUAUGUCCAAGAAUCUCAAAUAUUUAUCCCUCUUUCGUAAUCGUUUAACUGGUGUGCUAUCACCCAACCAUUUUGAGGUUCAUAAAAAUCUUGUCAGCAUUGAUUUAGGGUUUAACCUUUUCAGUGGGAGUCUCCCCUCAUCUCUACUUAAUCUCCCAUAUUUGAGAGAACUGAAAGUACCUUUUAAUCAAUUCAAUGGUUCUUUGGAUCAGUUUAUUGUCUCCCCUUUAUUAGAGAUGCUUGAUUUGGGUAACAAUAAUUUUCAAGGAACAAUUCAUGUGUCCAUUUUUAAUCAGACAACACUACGCCUCAUCCAACUCAAUUCAAACAAGUUUAAUGGCACAAUACAAUUGGACAAGAUUCGAAAGCUUGGUAAUCUAACUUCAUUAGGUCUCUCGCAUAACAAUUUGCCAGUUGACAUAAACUUUAGGGAUGUUCAUGACUUGUCCAACUUUCCUAAUAUGGGAAUUCUAAUGUUGUCAUCUUGCAAGUUGCAAGGAAUCCCCAGUUUCUUGAGAAAUCAAUCCAAACUACUACAUCUUGAAUUAGCUGACAAUGAAAUUGAGGGCUCAAUACCACACUGGAUUUGGGAAAAUGAAUAUCUUGUUCAUUUGAAUCUUUCCAAAAACUUUCUGACAAGUUUUGAAGGAAGUUUCAAGAACCUUAGUUCAAACCUUUUGCUUCUGGAUCUUAGUUUCAAUCAACUACAAGGGCCUUUUCCUUUCAUUCCAAUGUUGAAUUUUGGUGGGAACAAACUCCAUGGUAAUAUUCCCAAUUCUGUUCCAGCUUCAUGUAAUCUGAAAUUGUUGGACCUAAAUGACAAUCUCUUGGAGGGUACCAUCCCAAAAUCUUUAGCCAAUUGUCAAAAGCUACAAGUCCUAAACCUUCGAAAAAAUUUAUUAACUGAUAAAUUUCCAUGCUUCUUAAGUAAUAUUUCCACCUUGAGAAUUAUGGAUUUAAGGUUAAACAAACUUCAUGGGUCAAUUGGAUGCCCAAGAACCAGUGGUGAUUGGAAAAUGCUCCAUAUUGUUGAUCUAGCGUCCAAUAAUUUCAAUGGUGUUAUACCAGGAGCACUGUUAAACAAUUGGAAUGCAAUUAUGCGUGAUGAUGCUAAUGGUGUGCCUGAAUUUGGCCACCUAUUUAUUGAUCUCUAUGAUCACUACGAUCCAAAGAAUUUUAAGGAUUUGUUGUCAAGUGUGGACAAAUCUCUACUAGCAAGAAUAGCUAAAUUUUUUACAAACGUAUCUCGCUCUAUCCUUGACCAGUCAUCCACCGAAUCUUAUAAUGCACUGGAUAUUUCUCGACUUCAGAACUCAAUUACCAUAACCAACAAAGGUCAACAAAUGGAGUUGGUGAGGAUCCAGAAGAUCUUCACAUACUUGGAUAUGUCAAGCAACAAUUUUGAGGGUCCAAUACCGAAUGAGCUAAUGCAGUUCAAGGCAUUGAAUGCUCUAAAUUUGUCAAACAAUGCCCUAUCCGGUCAUAUCCCAUCUUCUAUUGGAAAUUUGAAGAAUCUUGAGUCUUUAGAUUUGUCACACAAUUCUUUCAAUGGAGAAAUUCCAACAAAGCUUGCAAGCUUAUCUUUCCUUGCAUAUUUGAAUCUCUCGUUCAAUCACCUAAUGGGAGAAAUUCCUAUGGGCACACAAAUUCAAUCAUUUGAUGUUGAUUCCUUUAAAGGGAAUGAAGAGUUAUGUGGACCUCCUCUGAUCCAUAGUUGCAGGAAUUAUGGAGUGACACUACCUGAAACACUUCAUUCCCAUACUGAGAGUUCAAUUGAUUGGAAUAUUCUGAGUGUAGAGUUGGGAUGUAUUUUUGGUUUUGGAAUUUUCAUCCUCCCCUUUAUUUUCUCGAGGAGAUGGAUGUUAUGGUAUUCCAAACAUAUGGAUGAGAUGCUUCACAAGAUCAUCCCCCAACUUGAAUUUGUUUAUGAACACCAUGAAGGGAAGACACACAAAACUCUAACAUGGAAGUACUAA